AUGAACGCGGAAAGUCUCGUCCCGUUGACGCAAUGCGAAUGGCAGUACAUGUCACUGUCGAAUGGGAGAUUGACAGAUCAAGAACGUCAACUCUUUUCAGUGGUGAAACAUGGCGACGUUCCCAAGGCAAAGUAUAUAUUACAGAAUGAAGGAAAUGGCGUCAAUUGCAACUUAAUAUACAAUCAUAUGGGACAACAGAUGACACUGUUACAACUUGCAGCUGAGGCGGAUGACUACCACAUGGUUAAACUGUUGAUUGACAGCGGCGCAAAUCGUCUAGACUACCCCCGUCCGUCAAAUGGGGUAGAAGAUAUUACAGACGAAGAUGCUCGGUUUAGACGAUAUGUCGCCAUAUCAUCCCCUGCCUACCUCAGCUUAGCACACAGAGACCCGCUUUUGGCGGCUAUCAAUCUAACUGGUGAACUUCGGAAUGUAAGCGAGUCGAGGGAAAUCAAUGUGACAACACAGGGACGGUAUAACGAAUUAAGAAAGACGCCUGAGAAGUACGCCGUGGAGAUACUGGAUUGCUGUGUCACUUCGUUAGAGGUAAAAACCCUAUUGCUUGGAAACGGAGACAAUCGAUUGAAAAAAGGUGAAAUGUUGAGGAGUGCAAUUGCGGCUCGCAACAAAGAAUUCAUCGCCCACUAUAAAUGCCAAAACAUUGUAAGGAAUAUAUGGCAUCGCGGCCAACCCGAGUGGUAUCGUCGAAACGCCAUACAUUGGCUGAUUAUCUACGUAUUGUAUUGUUGCCUCUUCUACGUAAUACUGCUGCCGUUCUUCGCUAUAGUCUACAUCGUUGCACCUACAUGUAGUCUAGCUUCAAUCUUGGACAGCCCCAAGGCAAAGUUUAUUACGCAAAUGGUGUCCUACGUCGUGUUUUUGAUAUUGGUUCUCAUUCUAAAUAUGUUAUUCGAUAAAUAUACUGGCGAUGACCUGCUCGUGUUAUAUGUGCCAUUAUUGUUAUUGGCUCUCGUUUAUGACAUUGCAUUGCUUUGGGCAGAAAUGACCCAGAUGAUGAUAUACGGACCUACUAAGUAUUUUUUCGAUUUCUGGAACUACGUGGAUCUGUUGAUUCUUUUCUCAUUCCUCGUAGACAUUUCUCUUCGCAUUCUGCAUGGGUAUUUCUUGGUCGAUAUCCCCGACUCCUUCUUUCUUUUCUGGUUUACAUGGACAGGUAUAUCUAUUACGUUUGCUUGUCUACGCCUUAUGGAGAAUCUAUAUUUGUCUUCUAACUUGGGGCCUAUGAUGUUAAUGUUUUCUGCGAUGAAAGCCGACGUUGUAAGAUUUCUAGUUAUCUUCACAUUUGCUGUGAUGUCGUUUGCCAUUGGAUUUUAUUACAUAUUCGAUGGCGUUGAGAAAACCCAAUUCAACAACUUUGGUACUACGAUUGCGACGUUAAUUACGGCAAUAUUCGGCGGUGAUCCCACCAACAGUCUCAACGUUGUGGUUUUAGUGAACAACACAUCGAACGAGCUAUAUGAUGCAUCAGCUUUGUACAAAGGGCUAGAGAAUUCACCGACAAAAAUGUCUAGUUGUGGACUUCCAAUGGUUAGAACGUCCUCGUCCGAGCAACUAAUCCCCAUUCUACUGAAUCGUUACUUGAUCUCGAAGGGCAUCAUCAGCGAGGAUGAACUGAUUCGACAAAACUGUCAUCACAACAUGGAUGUACCCAACAUUUCAUCUAACUGUAUCAAUAUAAAUGAGAAAUAA